ACGUCUUGCGAUCAAGCUUUCCUGCGCAACAUUUCGAUGCUAAGAUUCCAUAUGUCGAUAGACUGUCUGUCAAUAAAAACGAUUGACUCAAUAAAUGUGCAAAGGAAAUCAAAUUGAUAUAGGCAAUAAUUGGCGCAUGUUCAGAAUGACUGUUUGUAAAAUGUACACGUUUAUUUUGGGCUCUAAAGCGCCUCGUUUCUAUGAUCGCCAAUGCGCAUCGGUCUGCGCAUCUCUGAUCCUUCGGAACUACAACCGUGGACGCUCGCACUGACAUCGAAAGACUUCCUCCGCAAUCCGAUGAAGGAGGCUCCGUUUAUGGCCCUACUACAUCGGCAUCCCUGACGGAGCUAUCGGCCUGUCCCGGACCAUUCCUUGCUGCCUUCAUUUCGUUAUUUUUCCGGAGGACUUUAUCUUUAUAGCCUUCGUAGAUCAUUCUAAAGAACUCCGCAUCCACUCUGCUAUGCACCUUUAGACCAGAUCUAUAAUUCCCGCGAUCAAUAUCUUAUCUCCCACAAUCGCCUUAUCUAGUCCCUGCCUGGUCCUCUCAUCGAAACCCAAGAAUGCAGCCCAAUGCAGUAAUGUUGGCUGUGGUCCUUUUUGGAAACUUGAUGCUGCAUUACGUCUCGGCUCAAAACGCUGGGUUUGUGAAGUCGCCAAUGUCUGAGACUAAGCUCACGCUGGACACCUUUGAGCUGUACUGCGACGUGGUCGGUAACCCCACCCCCGAGAUCCAGUGGUGGUACGCAGAGAUCAACCGCGUCGACUCCUUCAAGCAGCUGUGGGACGGCGCACGCAAGCGCCGCGUGUCCAUCAACACGGCCUACGGCAACAACGGGGUGAGCGUGCUGGGCAUCACGCGCCUCACGCUGGAGGACUCCGGGACCUACGAGUGCCGGGCCAGCAACGACCCGCGGCGCAACGACCUGCGCCAAAACCCCGCCAUCACCUGGAUCCGAGCCCAGGCCACCAUUUCGGUGCUGCAGAAGCCCAAGAUCAAUGCGUCAGAUCAGAUCAUCCUGCCCUCGGAAACCAAAGGGCCCCCUGUCACCCUGCGGUGUAACCUGACCAACGCCCACGAAGGCCAACAAGAGAGCUUCUGGAUGAAGAACGGAGUGGAGAUCGCAGACACACGGAACGAGCAGAAGAACACAGAGUACAUAAUCAAAAAACCAAGGUCAGACGACGCAGGGGAGUACAUGUGUGUUUACACGUUUGAAAUGGCUCCCAACGCCAACGCCACUAUUGAGGUAAAAGCGGCACCUGAGAUCACGGGCCACAAGCGCAGUGACAAUAAGAACGAGGGGCAGAGUGCUCUGUUGUACUGUAAGUCUGUGGGCUACCCCUUUCCCAUCUGGACAUGGCGUAAACUGGAUGGCUCAAACUACAUGGAAAUCGAUAACUCCUCUGGCCGCUUCUUCAUCACCAACAAAGACAACUACACAGAGUUGAACAUCGUCAACCUGAACCGCACCUCGGACCCUGGUGAAUACCAGUGCAACGCUACCAACCACAUCGGCACCAAGUCCAUGUCGUCCAUCCUACGGGUGCGCAGCCACCUGGCACCCCUCUGGCCCUUCCUGGGGGUGCUAGCGGAGAUCAUCAUCCUGGUGGUCAUCAUCGUAGUGUAUGAAAAACGCAAGAGGCCAGACGAUGUGUUGGACGUUCUACCUAUGGCUGAGGGCUUAAAGUAAAGAAUCGAAAAUCCCUGUUACCCUGCUCCAAUCAAAGCCCGUCACAUCCACAGGUAAGUUAUUCUCAAAGUUGCCUACGUUGGUAACUAGUAACUAUUUACUACUUUUGAAAAGUAAUAUCUGUUCUAAUAACAAAACCACUUGAUAACAUACAAUAAUAUAAACUGUUAAAGCUCGAUUUAAAAGUGUCAAAGUCAAACAAAGGCUUAAGCAUUUGAGUGUAGAGUCAAAGCCAAAAAGGCCGUUGAGGCUUCACCCGCCUAUGGUUCGAUCAACUUUAUUCAGGAUAUCAGCAAGAUAUGAAUUAAUUGGUUACUGACUUCUUUCCCCCUCUCUCCAAAUGGAAUCAUUAUCUAAACGGUUGGUAAGUGAGAGAUCUUGCAUGUUUUCAGAGAAUGAUUUUUAAAAUUUGAUCCGUUUCUACUACUGUCCAUCCAGACCAACAUGUCAACACCCGUUUAUCAGAUUAUUUGACUACAAGUUGUUUGGCGUCUUUGUAUAGACAAAUAUGUUGAAAAUAUGUAUUUAUUCCAUUUCGUAUUCAUUUCCAUUAAGCAGGGCCAACGCAGUUUGACAUGUUUUCUCCUGUAUAGGUGGUGGUCUCUGAUGUUUAAAACAUAUAUUGCUAUCAGCCUACUGAAAUGCACUGCUAUGUUUAUAGCUGUAUACAUUUUAUACCAGUCUUCUUCACUUGUCUUAUAUAGGAGUGUUAAAUCACUCAAACCGUCCCACACACGAGGAGAUAGUAUGCACUCUAGGUUCCCCAAGGCACUGAUAUACUGUAGAUGCUAUUAUAAAAAAUAAAAUGAAAUAAAGACUGGGUAGAUUAAAAAGAUAAAUUAUGCAUACUCCUAUUUCUGAAGUCUGAAUUGUGUAUGCACUGUAUAAUCCUUCCCAUGAUGGUUUCAGCGUUAAAUAUCGUUACACUGCUGUACACUAUUAAACAGAAAGUAUGUAAAUUCAUCAAUAAAGUAAGCAUUGGCUUUGUGUACAGUGUGAAAACAGUGUAGUGCUUUGACAAACACCAACCAAUCUCCUGCACCCGUAGGCAAGGCCUCUAGUUUGGCAAGGGUUUAUGUACUGGAGGAGGGGGAGAGAGAAAAAAAACUUGCUUUGGUGUAGAACAAAGGUUGGCAACAGCGUGAUAUUUUGUUUGCCCCCCCCAACGAGUAGAUGAAGGUAGAUUAUCUGCCAUGGUCAUAUCAAGCAAAUCAGAGAUGCAGAACACUGCAUCACUUGUGCAAAUAGCCAGCUCUGAAAUCUCCUUUUAGUAUCCUCUAUCCCCAAGAGCUUUGUUAUAUGUAGGUGUACAUUAUGAAUUCUGUUUUCAUGAUGGCUAAAUUGUGUAUCAACACUGAUAAUGCACUGCCAAGUGAUCCAAAGCAAAGGUUGAUGUUUUUUGGAGAGCCAAUACAUUUUUAAAGAACCUGUUGUGAGGGUUCCACUUUCUUUUACUGUGUGGGAUCAUUAGGGAACAA